UAGGCGGGCGGGCGCUGAGACGGCCGUUUCCUGUCCUGGUGCAUGGUGGUCGGACGGAGGAAUUGUUGGAAAAUUUCUCGGCGAGGUAAACAAUGUUAUUAGCCCAGAUAAAUCGAGACUCUCAGGGAAUGACAGAAUUUUCCGGAGGGGGAAUGGAGGCUCAGCAUGUAACUCUCUGUUUAACAGAAGCUGUAGCUGUGCAAGAUGGAGACAACUUGGACAACAUGGAAGGAGUAAGCUUACAAGCAGUUACACUUUCUGAUGGCUCCACUGCUUACAUACAGCAUAAUUCUAAAGAUGGCAAAUUAAUGGAUGGCCAGGUGAUUCAGUUGGAAGAUGGUUCAGCUGCCUACGUCCAACAUGUUCCCAUGUCAAAAAGUAGAGAUAGUCUUCGUUUAGAAGAUGGACAGGCGGUACAGCUUGAAGAUGGAACAACAGCUUUCAUUCAUCAUACUUCAAAAGACAGUUACGACCAGAGUGCCCUACAAGCGGUACAGCUGGAAGAUGGGACCACUGCUUACAUUCACCAUACUGUGCAGGUGCCACAAUCAGAUACCAUCUUAGCUAUUCAAGCUGAUGGCACAGUGGCAGGUCUUCAUACAGGAGAUGCUACCAUUGAUCCAGAUACUAUCACUGCUUUGGAACAAUAUGCAGCCAAGGUGUCCAUUGAUGGGAGUGACAAUGUUAGUAGUACUGGGAUGAUAGGGGACAGUGAACAAGAUAAAAAAAUGCAGAUUGUCUUGCAAAGCCAUAGCACAAGAGUGACAGCUAAGUCACAGGCGAGUGGAGACAAAGCUUUCCGGUGCGACUAUGAUGGCUGUGGAAAAUUGUACACCACUGCUCAUCAUCUCAAGGUACAUGAAAGGUCACACACAGGAGAUCGACCAUAUCAGUGUGAUCAUCCAGGUUGUGGAAAAGCAUUUGCAACAGGUUAUGGACUAAAAAGCCAUGUCCGAACUCACACUGGAGAGAAGCCAUAUCGGUGUUCGGAAGAGAACUGCACAAAGUCCUUCAAGACUUCAGGCGACCUACAGAAACACAUAAGAACACACACAGGUGAAAGACCUUUCAAGUGCCCGUUUGAAGGAUGUGGUAGGUCAUUUACAACAUCCAACAUCAGAAAGGUUCACAUCAGGACACAUACAGGAGAAAGGCCCUAUUAUUGUACAGAGCCAGGAUGUGGGAGAGCAUUUGCCAGUGCAACUAAUUACAAGAAUCAUGUGAGAAUACAUACAGGGGAGAAGCCUUAUGUAUGUACAGUACCCGGCUGUGAUAAACGUUUUACAGAAUAUUCCAGUUUAUAUAAACAUCAUGUUGUACAUACACAUUCCAAACCUUAUAACUGUAAUCACUGUGGGAAAACGUACAAACAGAUUUCUACGCUUGCAAUGCACAAGCGGACAGCACACAAUGACACAGAACCAAUAGAGGAGGAGCAAGAAGCAUUUUUUGAGCCACCUCCAGGUCAAGGUGAAGAUGUUCUCAAAGGGUCUCAGAUAACUUAUGUAACAGGUGUAGAAGGAGAUGAUGUUGUUUCUGCACAGGUUGCUACAGUGACUCAGACAGGGCUAGGUCAGCAGGUGGCACUUAUUUCCCAAGAUGGAACUCAGCAUGUUAACAUAUCUCAAGCUGACAUGCAGGCCAUUGGAAAUACUAUCACUAUGGUAACACAAGAUGGCACCACCAUCACAGUCCCUGCCCAUGAUGCAGUUAUUUCAUCUGCAGGAACACAUUCUGUUGCAAUGGUCACAGCGGAGGGCACUGAAGGACAGCAGGUUGCCAUAGUGGCUCAAGAUUUAGCAGCAUUCCACAGUGCUUCACCAGAAAUUGGACAUCAGCAACACGGGCAUCACUUAGUCACUGCAGAAUCUAGACCUGUUACAUUGCUGGCAACAUCCAAUGGAACACAAAUUGCAGUGCAGCUUGGAGAACAACAAUCUUUGGAAGAAGCCAUUAGAAUAGCUUCCAGAAUACAACAAGGUGAAACACCAGGAAUUGAUGAUUAACUCCUAACAUGGCUAAAGGAACAAUAGAAUCAAUUACAUUUUAUUUUCAAUCAACAAAGGUCUAUGCCACCUGAAAUCUAUAAAAGGUUUGAUGUAUUCUUGCUCACUAAUACUCUGCAAACAUUUUAUGCAAGAGUGAAGAACAUUUCAUGUGUAUAAUGGUUAUGUACAUGAACCUUGGAAAUAGAUGAAUUCCUUCUGUUAAGAUUCAUUCCCUACACAGGACUAUGGAAUUAGGAUUUAUAUUAAAUUUUGUCGCUUAUUUUACAUCAGUUUCCAAACCAGACUACAGACAAGCAGCAGCCAGUAUAGAAAUACUGGGAUGAGUUUUAAAGUCAUAAAAAAAAAUGAAGGCAUUACUGAAGAUUUCAGAUGUUUAAACCAUAACAACAAUCAUCAUUUCAAAAAUCCUUUGCAAGCAGAACAAUUUAAAUUGUUUUCAUAUGCAGUUCUGAAUUUUGAGACCUUUGUAAAUAUUACAUUUUGAAUUGUAUUUCAUACACAAGUUAAAGAUCCAUCUUCUUUAGCUUUCCCCUCCCAUCUCACUGAUUGUAAAUACAGACUGUUCAUGCUGCAAGUGCUAAUUAUAUUAUCUUUUAAUUGGAUUAUGUACAAAUGAGAAGCUUUCGUUGUUCAAUAUUAAAGGAAGUAAAUCUAA